AUGCCUGGACAACAACCAAAACGAAAGUUCAAUCAUCAUAACAAGUCCCACAAAAAGAAGAAAAAAGAUGCUCCGAGCAAUGUAAUUGAAGCAGUAACUCCAUUAGCGCACUUGGAAUAUGAAGAACAGCUGAAAAAGAAAGAAUUGGAAACAUUGGACUGCAUGAGAAAUAUGUUUUCUGGAAUUAAAAGCGCUUUCUUGGAACGUAGUCAAGAUCUUCCUCCUUGUUUCAAUAUCGUUUUUGAAGAUGACAAGCUAAAGGGUGUUCAUUUGGAUUGGAAUGGAAUUCUGGCAUCUCCAAAAACUGAAGGUUAUCGUAAUAAUUGUGAAUUUACUUGUGGUUAUAAUAGUGAAAAGAAUCCAUCUGUAGGAUUUAGACAGGGUCUUUACAGUCAAGGAAUUAUUAAUGUUGAGAGCCCUCAAGAGGUCAAAAUUGUUUCAGACAGCGCUAAAAAAGCAGUUCAGAUUUUACAAUUGUUUAUUGAAGCUCACCACGAUUCACAUAAGUGUUAUGAUCAAACUAGUCACACUGGAUUGUGGAGGUUAAUGAAAGUUAGAGAAAACGCACAAGGAGAAAUGUUAAUUGUUGUUCAAGUGGAUCCAACGCAUAUUUCAGAAUCAGAUUUGCAGUCUGUGACUGAAAAACUUGUUGCACAUUUUAAAUCAUACGACAAAAAUUUAAACUCAACUGAAGAGUUAGCUAUUAACAUUAAGGGCUUAUUUUUACAGAAACAUUCAGGCGUUAGUAAUGCAGCUCCUACUGAUGCACCAUUAGCAUUGCUCUAUGGAGAGGAUUCUAUUAUAGAAGAAGUUCUAGGGUUGAAAUUUAGAAUUUCUCCAAUGAGCUUUUUCCAAGUUAAUACAAAAGGAGUAGAAGUUUUAUAUUCCAAGGUUAGAGAAUGGACUUUAGAGUCAAUGAAUCCAGAAAAAUCUAAAGAGAGGGUGUUGCUGGACGUAUGUAGUGGUACAGGAACUAUUGGAUCUACUAUGAGUUCAUCCGUAGAUAGAGUUAUUGGAAUUGAAAUGGUUGAAAGUUCUGUAAAUGAUGCUCGAAACAAUGCAAAGCUAAAUAGUAUCGAAAACAUUGUAUUUAUUUGUGGAAAGGCAGAGGACACUAUUGCCACCAAUAUGAAAGAGCAUAGAUUGAACUCUCCAGAGGUUGAAUGUAUUGCUGUGGUUGAUCCUCCCAGAAGUGGGUUGCACAAAAAGGUUUUGGAAUCAUUACUCAAGUCUCCAACCAUAGAAAAAUUGAUUUAUGUAUCCUGUAAUCCUAACACACUCGUUGAAAAUGCAGUGAGAUUAUGCAGCCCAUCUUCAAACUUUUCUGGACAUCUUCCUCCUUUUGUUCCUGUGAAAGCUGUUGCUGUUGACAUGUUUCCACAUACUGAACAUUGUGAAAUGAUUUGCGUAUUUGAGAGAAAAUUGGAUAAGAAGUAA